AUGCGGUCAAAGUUUCAACGGAUUAAUCUCAAUUCGGGCGCUCAUUUAUUGGAGCCGUUCGCGAAACUGCAUCAGAACGGCUGCGACGUCCGGUGCGAUCAAAGCGAUAGAAACUGGCGUCGACGAGAGACGCUUUAUUGCGCGCUGUUUGGCACACGCCGGCAAUCGUGCUAUGCGGCCAUAUGGAAACCGCCCCACAAGUUCCGAUUAGGGAGACCA